AUGGGGCAUUUCCGUGGACGGAGAGGCGGCCUGGGAGGCUGGCGAGGUGCGGACGGAGGCGAAGGCGGAGGCGGAGGUCGCGGGCGACGUCUCAGGGCCUUACCUUGUCCUUCUGGCCGAGCGGAUCCCGAUGGGUCGGACAUGUUCGAAGGCCUCGUUCGCUGGCCGUCGAGCCUCCGGGCUGGCUUGGACCGGGCGGGGCGAGUGGCAAACGGGCUCGCAGGCGGAGGCGGAGGCGGCGGCGGAACCGGACGACGGGGCUGGCUCAGCGAUCAGAACGGGCUCGGGACCGAAGGGUGCACUUCUCACUUCUCCGAGGAAACGUCCAUCCCUGGCAGGCAGUGGAAACCGUGA